AUGGGUACUUACUAUAACAACCUGACAAUUCAUAUAGUUGACAGGUUCUAUGUUAAUAUUGGUUGUGCUUUCUUUGGAUUACUGAACAACAUCGCAUCAUCUAGUGGUGCUAUAAGUAUGUUUAUGUUGGCAUUGGAGCGCCAGUUAGCUUACAGAUGGGUCAAUAUAUACGAAGACAAGCCUAGGACGUUGGGAUGUGCUCUUGGUAUGAUCAUGGUACGUUUUUUAGUAUUAUUAUGGUACGCUUUUGUGAAAUUUACUAUAGUAAUCUUGGCUGGAAAGACGAAUAUAGUUUAUAUGUUUUUAUUAUAAGCAUCAACAGAAGUAUAUGUUAUGUUAUAUUUUCUUUAGAUUAUUCAAAGUACUACGAUUGGGUUGACAGCAUGGUACUUUGUUUUAUUUUACUUUGACAAUUUUGAUGUAAAUAAAUCAAGAAUAAGCUGUAUACCCACACAUUUGCAUUGGGAAUGGGAGGUUACUGGCUUUGGUGUAGCUACCGUCUCUUGUUCAGUAGGCGCUGUAGUAAGUUUUCACAUAUAUAUGUUUAUUAUAAACUAUUUUCUUAGGUCGUUUACUUAAUUCUGUGCUUCCUUUCAAAGCAAAUUUGGGUUAGAGGGCACAGAAUUAUGUAAAAACUAUAAUAUAUCAAUUCUGUUUUAUACUACAUUCUAAUAUUAUGACAAAAAUUACUUUUAGUGGUUAUGUACAUUGCAAAAACAUACCAAAGUUAGUAGACAAAACAGACUUACAUUGAGUAGUCUAAGUGCAAGAUACCAAGCUACUGAGAAUCUACAUACUACAGCUUCCGUAGCGCCAUCUAUGUUCAUGUAUGCCAUUGGAGCUGCGAUGGGUUUUUUGGUAGGACUAUACCGUCGUUACCUAGUACAACAAUAUGGAGAAAAUACUAUAGUUUCUAAAUUUCUGGGCGAUGUAAGUCAAUCAAUAUUAUUUUUAUAAACUUUUGUAUUUGAAAACAUAUGUAAUAAUAUGUACAAUGAGUUUUGUCACUAACAUUUUUUUAAAUUCAGGUAGGUUUUGUACUGGUCGAUAUCUACACAAUAUGUCAUUUACUCUGUAUAUUAUGUUACAACCCUAUCAUAAGAAACGGGGCAAAGCGAGAUAUCAAAACGUUACUGUGUAUCAAAACUGAGCCUACGAUUGUAAAGUGUGAUUACUCGAAGGAAACUGAAGCUUACUUUGGAUUUUUCAAAGAUGCUUGGAAAUGA